UCAAGGAGCACCAUCGAACAGAAAAGUCUCACCAACAAGAAGACAGAAGACAUUUACCAACGAAUAUCAACAAAGUUCGAUAAAAUUUCAGCUGGCUUGGACGAACAAUCUCGUUUGCUUAAACAAAUCGAGGUUCAGAUGGAAGAAAAUAAUAAGCGUCGCGGAGCGAUAGACCUUACACCAUGGGUUGUGUCUAUACCUGUCUCGUUCCUUCUGGUUGCCCUUUAUAAUUAUGUACAGAGCUGACUGAUUCGAGAGCAGGAAAAUUGGGAGGUGCAAUUUAACUUGUGUGAACUCUCAGUUUCUUUUGGAAGUGGAGUGAUGUAGUGCCUUAGAUGUUCUAUGGUAUUGAAAGGUUUAAUUUAAUAAAGUGAUUUGUGAUCAAUGCUUUUUGGCUGUUCCUUUGGUUGCUUAUUGUUCUGCACUGAACUGAAUGUAAGAUCAGGUUGAAGGGAGGGCUUUGUGUGGAUUUAUGUGAGCUGUACACAUUAACGCCAAUGCAUUUUGUUAGUAAGGUGUUAAUAAAUAGUGAUACCAUCUUCCACCCAGAAUUUUUGCUGGGUUUACGGUGAUGUCCAUAUAUUAUUGUUUUUUAUUUACACUCCUUGUUGACUUGCAUUUGGGAGACUUCUUUUCAGUGGACAAAUAAACACGUAAUAUUAUGUGUUUGCAAGAAUCUGUACUCUUAGAAUGAUCAGAUGCACUCGAGGGGCUGUGGCUGGAUGCCUUCUGAACGCAGCUGGUUGUCUGCCUCCUCUACUGAUCCAUGAAUGUUAAGCCCCCAGGAGGCAACACCCACCCCCACCAGCUAAGGUAAGGGAUGACCCAAUCACAUGUUUAACUUCUGGUUGCAUGUCUUUCCCCAUUGGUGACUGAAAUCUAGAUCAGGGUCAACGAUUUGCUAGAAUGACACAACUGAAACCUGUAAGAUGUUCCAUCAAUAUUUUAUCUGGUUAUAUUUUUAUUACAUGUCUCUUCCUGUUGUUGAGAAAAGUGAGCUGAACGGGAUCAGUUUGGGCUGCUGGUUAACUCUUUUUUCAUGAUGAAUGGUAGGUACUCUGCCUUUGCAUUAUAGAUAGAAAACAGAGUACAAUACGGUCAAAAGACCAAAAUUGAAUGAAAAACGAAGAAACAAUCAUCAACAAUUUGUGUACAAAGAGGCCAUGGCUGCAAACUUCAGUAGAUCCGGCAACAAGGGUCAUGUACAUCUAGCUACAAAUUGCCCUCUUCAUUAUAGCUUGCUAGUUAUCUUACCAUGUGUAUUAGCAGAUGUAGCAUACAUGAGUUAAUGUCUCAAUGAGCUAACUUGAGCAUCACAUUUAGCAUGUUAAAAGAUCUUCUCACUGCCUAAAUAACUUUGUGUCUUUGCAGGAUAUCAGUGAUCUUCUUAAGCUGCUGAAUGAAGUGGAAUUAACCAGUGGACGAGAGGAGGCUGAAACAGGCCUUUCAUGAAGUCCAAUAAUGUUGCUUAAUGUUCGUCAUCAAUGUAGCGCUGCUCACAUUGGAAAUUACCUCGAAUAUCAAAACUUUCAGUAUGAUCAGUGGAGAUACAUACUGAAGGUUCUGUACAAGAAAGUUGGGCUUUUCAAAGAGGCGAUGGACCUGCAAAUCAAAGAGACUAGAGUUGCUGCAUGGCUCCAAUUAGAACUGGAUGAAGAAACUCGUGGCUCUGAAAUGGAGGGAGUACCCAUUUACAUGAUGUAUUCCUCGUUUUAUAUCAUACGGCCGGCAGCAACCGUACUAGAACGGAUCUCCAAGAACUUCGACAAAUUAGACCAAAUCUAUGAUAAACAGCUUAUUAGUUUAAAGCGACUCGAAGAUGUGAUGCGAGAGAAUAUCAAGCGUGACAGGCGUAGAAAAGUGUUAGUGCGUGGUAUUGUCUUCAUCGGCAUUGCCGUUUUCGUGAAAAAACAAUUCUUUGGUGCGAGUCAAAGAGGACAAGGCGAUAAGCAAGAGCACUUAGACCCUUAAGAGGGCAUGCCUAUAUGUAGAGACCUUAAUUAUUGUAACAAAAGCUUAUGCUUGCGUUUGAUUAUACAUGCAUGUGAUAUUUGCCCGGGUUUAUAUAGCUGUCUAUAGAUGCGCUAUAUAUGGCUAUAGCUGCUAGGAAGGCAGUCGCUAUGGUAUUUAGCCCGCUAAAACUGGCUAUAGCCUGCUAACUGCCAGCUACAGCCUGCUAAAUGCCGUAACGGUAGCCCUACCGCUAAACACCUUAGCUGGUGAUUUAAAACCUUGCAUAUUUGUAAAUGAAAGAAUAAAGGGUGAAAUAGACCAUUAACAUUUAA